AUGUCAACAGAAGAUGACUUAGAGGAGGUCUACCAAAUGCUGAGUAGGAGCUUCUCGGAGGAUGAGAGACUGGAGAUGCAACAGAUCCACGACUUCGAAGAGGAACAUCGUCUGGCAGACGAGGAGGAUUGGGAAAUACAGGAAGCUGUUGCGAGACAACAAGUACGUGAGCAGAUGCAGAAUCGCCUGUCAGGUGACUUUGAAUUCGCGACAAGUUGGAUAAAUUCUCUAGAGAAUCAGCAAUCGAAAAUCCAGGAUCUGGGGCGAGAUGAUCUAAAGGGGGCGGGCGUCGGGGACGAUACACGUCAAUUGCCCGUUGCAGACCUAGGGACGAAACUCGAAAGGUAUCUGAUAAAAUGGAGGAUGAGUGAAGGCGGCGAGAACGAAGAACCUAAUAAACUCCAGGAUAACACGGAUACGGAGUGGGUGAUGGCAGCGAGCGUUGUUAAGAGAACUGCAAGCCUCCUCCAAACCGAUGCAUAUCGUCUGCUCCGCUUGAUAGCCUACCUUACCGGCCAGGAAUGCGAGCUCCAGCAAGCGGAUGUCAACUGGAUGGCGCCAUAUCUUGAAGGACAUCUUAAAUUAGUGAAAGGAGAUUAUGAUGAUGACAUGUACCACCAAAGCCAGGAAGGUUAUGUCGAGGGGCUCGGGUUAGAGCACCUGCCCACUUGCCAUGCCGACGGGUGGAUGUCACUGGACCUUGAGCCUACGGAUGGUCGGGAACAGGCAGGCAAGCCCUCGAUCCAAUUUAGCAUGCCAGGCUUUUCCGCUGCUAGGCGGGAAGCUGUUGCAAAUAUCUCAAUCCAAAAGCCCAAAGACGAAGAAUUGGAUGAUCAGUCGCCACAUAGAAAGUACGCGAGGGAAGCAUUUGAGCUAUCGGCCCAACAACUAGAAAGAAACAGCGAACUACACGAAUACAGAGCGCCGGAUUCUAGUUUGCAAGGUCUAGGGACCAUUACGCACGUUGAAGUCGCAACAGCUUCCCACAGCUAUGAGCAAAGAAAGCAGCUGGAUUCUGAUGUAAUUGACCGCGUUAGGGGCAUUGCAGAUGAGUUGGCGAAAGGUAAAACUGUUCUGGAAGGCGGUCUUGUGGAGGCCUUGGAUGUUGGUGAUAAGCUGAUAAAGAGCAACGCUUCUUUGGAAGGAAACCUUGUAAAUGUCUUAUACCGACUCGACGAGGAAACGAAAUGGCGCAAGGUGGCAGAGAAGCAGAUACACGUUCUAUCCCGAGAACUCCAUCAGGAAAGAACAAUUAUCCAGAAGUUGAGUGACCAGCGAGAGGCAAUUACGUCGCAUAUUCGAGCAAACCGUGAGUUUAGAGCUACGAGAGAUAGCCUGAAGGAACAAUUGGAGGGGGCCCGGUCUCGUUUAGCGGAUGAAAGGAGAGACCCGGAGCUGGAAUUAGAGGAUAUAAUCGAGGUUGAGAUGCUUCAAGCUGCCAUUGACGACUUAGAGAGUGAGAAGGAACGGGCCUGGCUAGAGUUUGUUGCACCACUCGACGGGAUAGCUGCUACUGAGAUGGCAAAAGCUGAUGGUUGCGGGAGAACAAAGGCGGUAGAAAGAGGAGCAGCCCAUGAUGAUAUUUGCUUGUACUGCGAUACAGAAUACUGCCAAGGCUGCUCUGGGUUUGCGAGGAAUGGCGGGUCUUGA